GAACCGGUCCCGAACCGAACUUUUAUAUAACCCGAAUGGGGUUAAUUUUGAUAAACCCGAAAAAUCAAAACCCGAAUGGAUAAAACCAAAAUCCGAUUGGGACCCCGAAUGCCCAUGCCUGGUUAAAAUAAUUGAUAAAAGCAUCAUUGAAAAGAAUAAAAUCAUAUAAAUCUUAAGUCUAAAACAUCCUCAUUGGAAGAAAAAAUGUAAAUGUUUUGCUUACUACUUAUAUGACUGCAUUAUUAAUCACAUUUAUCGAUCGGCCAAAGAAUAUAAAUCCAAAUAUUAUAAUAUUUUAUCCAUAUAUAUGCAAAGGUUUUUUCUUUCGGAACAAUAAAAUGGACUUAUAUAUCACUUUUACACAAAAAUUACGAGAGUUAUACUGGAACUUAAACAUACUUUCUGAAGAUGGCUUAAUCUCACACUUCUUCAGUAGUCCGUCGUCGGCUUUUAGUUCUCCAUAUAAUUUUGAACAACGCUUUGGGGCCCAUGUGAUGACUACAUCAAGAUUCCGAUUGUUAUCUAUCCAAUUAAUUUUAUUUCGCCUUUUUAAAAAUACCAUGAAAAAAUAACGACCUAUAUGGCUAUAUAUACCCAACGCAACCACUUGAAGAAUUAUUCGAUGUUAGUUUGGGUUGUAAUUCCUCCUUUCUCCCACAUGAUGUCAUUCUCUUGUAACUCUUAUGUACAAAAUCACGCCCCUUUUGAUAAUAACGAUGAUGAUGUUGAUAUUGAUCAUCAUGCUAGUGAUCAUCAAGAGGAGAGUGGAUGGACAACUUAUCUCGAAGAUUUCUCAAAACAAUACAGAAAUCACCGCGAAGAUAGCGAUCAUCAAGACAAGAAUUCCUGUUCGCUUCUUGGCGUCUCUCCUUCUCUGGUCUCAGAUGCCGCAACUGAUGCCUUUUCCGGCAAGAGUUUUUCAGUUAAAUUUUCGGCGAAGUUGAAGUUUGGGAAAGCAAGAACCAAAAAGAUUUGUGAGGAUGAUUCUUUGGAGGACACGGCUAGCUCUCCGGUUAAUAGCCCUAAGGUCAGUCAGUCUGAACAUAUCCAGACGCCACCUAGAAAACAUGACUACUAUGUCUCUUCUAGUUUCGUUAUGAGAAAUACGAGAGGCAUGGAGGAUCAUCAAAUCCAAAUCCAAGAAGCGGAUGGACAAAAUAUGAGUAUGAUGGGGAAUCUCAGAGAAGGAAACAACAUAAACGACAAUAAUAUGGACUUGAGGAGUCGAGGAUUAUGCGUCGUCCCUAUUUCCACGUUGGCUAACUUUAAUGGUCGCUUCUGACUAAUAAUCAAUUCGGAUUAAAGCAGCCUUAUAAAUUUGGCGGUGUUUAUAUAUGCACCCAUCGAUCUUGUAUAUACUUGCUUGUUGUAUGUUCACUGGUAUGUGCUUAAUGACAUUUGUAUUGUAUGGUAUGUUUAAAUCUAUAUAAGUGUAAGUCGCUGGGAUAUAUGUUAAAGUAUACAUAUGCAUUUCUAAGAGCUACCAUCUCCUAUAGCUUCUGAAAGAACUUUCGCAAUCAGACCCACGUUUUUAUAUCAUCUACAAAAUUAUGAGAGAGUUAUAAUCUAGGUGAAUUAAGGACGUUAUGCUAUAUAUAUUAUAUUAUGCAACUACAAAUUUAAACAAAAGUUCAACCAAAUUGGAACUAAAAAAUUAUGGUACAAGUCAACGAUAGAUGCAAUCCAAUUAUAAUUCAAUAUGCUCAAAUAUCUUAAUAACAUAAUAAUAGUUAAAACAAUCUUCAAUUUCCAUACAUAUAAAUAAUAAAUUGAUUUAAAAUUUAAAAACAAAUGAAAUACAGUAUUAAUCAAUUAUCAUAAUUUUUUACUUUCUAAAUACUUAUAUAUAUGUGCAAGAACACACGAGUGUCACUUAAUAUAUAAAUAUAUACUAAAUGUUUUCAUGCGCCAUGCACAGACAUAAUAACUUUUAAAAAAUAUAUUUUAUUAUAUUAUUUUUACUUAAUUAAUUUUAUUCAAUUUUUAAAAAUAUAAAGUAAUAAUUUUGUAUACAAUAAUAAAAUAUAAUAUUAUUUUUAUUUUUGUAUUAUAUGAUCAAUAGAUAUAUCAAAUUUUUAAUGAUUUAUGCCAUUAUUUUCGUCUUAUAGUGAUUAUAGACUUAAACAAUGAUCCAUUGGUAAAUAAUAUAUAUGAUAUUAUUUAAAAUGAAUGAUAUAAAUAUUUAAAAGCAAUAGUAUAUAUUUAAAAAAAAUAUUUUUGUAAAAGUAGAUAAAACAUAAGUAGUUUGCAUAGAAGUUUUAUUUGCAGAAUAAAAACUACUAUAAGCUAUUUACAUAUGUUUAUCUAUAUUUUAUUAUUUUAUAUCUUAAGCAUGAACUAUAAUACCAUGUAUAUAUUAUAUUUAAUAAAAUUAUAAACAUGAGCCGUAUAGAAAGUAAUUUUUCAUAAAACUUAAAUGUAAUAAAGAAAUAAUUUCUGACCAUUUACAAUUUUCAUUUGAAACAUUGAAAAUAUAUAAAAUUCCAAUAAACAAAUGAAUAUUUUUAGUUUUUUUGUUAUUAAUUUGUUCAUUUUUUCAAGUUUAUAAUAUAAAUAUUACCUUAUAUAUUCAUUUCUAUAACUAAAUUAUGUCAUAAUUAAUUUAUUUCAUGUCAUAAUUAAGAAAGAUCCAUGUCAUAUUUUUUUGUUAGCUAUGUUAUCAUUUUUUAGGGUGAUUGUGAUGAUGAUACACGUACAAAUCAUUUGGUAAAUAAUAUCUUGGGGAUAUAUAUAUAGACUAUGUACAAAUCAUCUGAUGUUUUCCGUUUGGUUCCGAGACGUGUUAGAUGAAGCGUCUAAUCAAAUUAGUUAUGUAAUAAUAAAUGCUGUUUAAAAUGGAUUUGUAUAUUCAAUUAGUUCCUUUCAAGUUUCAUUAAGAAGCUUUUAAUUAUAGGUUUGCAUGUUAAAAGGCCUUCUUAACUUUCUGGAUUUCAUCUUAUAUACAACCAAAAAAAAUUUCAGUGUCAAUGAAUUCAAUAAAUUUCACAGCUGCUCAACAUGCUCCAAGAGCUCUAUAUGAUGUUGCAAAGUUGAUCAUACAUUCUUAACAUUGGUUAUAAAAUAUGAUCAAAGGUAAAAGAACAAUGAUUUGGGAUUGUAUGAUUCAGUAGAGAUUCCCAUAUAUUUCCAUGUAAAUAUUACGAAUUACUCUCUCCUCUCCGUUCCCAAAAAUAAGAUUUUCUAGAAUUUUCACGUUUAUUAAGAAUAUAAUAAAUGUUUACAAUUUAAUUUACAAUUUAUUUUUCAAUAAACUUUUCAAUAACUAUCCACCAAUAAAAUUUAAUCAACUCAAAUAUUCACAAUUAUUAUUUUUCAAAAGUAUACAAAUGUACCUUACAAAUAUAGAAAAUCUAUUUUUUGUGGAAUAAGAAUAAACUCUAGAAAAUUUUACUUUCAGUAACGGAGAAAGUAUUAUUGGAUAAAUCAUCCUUUUUAAACACCAUUUUUAAUAUUAAUUUAAAAGUCCAAUGAAUUUAGCCAAUAUAAUCGGAGCGACCAUAAGAAAAAAAAACUACAAUAUAAAAACGAUAAAAAUGGCAAAUGAGAAAAAAGACCCAUAAAAGAUGAUAUCUUUAACUUCAUCUAUAAUGUCAAAUCAGAUCCUUUGAGAAUCUCAUCAACGCUUCAUUGAUUUUUCUUCUUAUCUUUUUUUGUCUUUAAUGAUAAAAUGAUUCGCCAUUUAGGGUUUUUGACGAGGGAUAUAGCUUGCUUAAUUCUGUGAACAUUCUAUUGCUAAAACACCUACUUCUAGCUACUCUGAAUAUAUAUAUAUAUAUGCGAUCAUAUAUGUCUAUGUAGAAUUUUUCAGUUAACUACUAGAAGGAUGCAUGAGCAUGAUUCUUAUAACGUUUUGAUUUUCAUCCAAUAACAUUUGGAGAAGUUGCUUCUGGGACGCAAUCUCUCUUGUUAAUGACAAUCAUGUUGCAUAUUUUGAUCAAAAAAAAAUGACAAUCAUGUUGCAUAUUUUAAGACACGUCAUUAACUUGCCGGCUUCAUUUUAAAAAUACUUUUGUUAUCUGUAAGAUUCUUGAUAGCAGUAAACCACCAUGUGUACAAAAAAAUGCAGUAAACCACCCUGUACAUUCAGUUCAAAAAAAAAAAAAAAAAACAACCCUGUACAUAUCUUUUUGGAAAUAAGUAUCGGUAGUAACAAAUCUCAGAAUUUGUAUAGGUUAGGACUUCCCAGAAAUUAUAUAUAUUAGUAAUAAGGUCCAGCCUUUUAGGUUGAAUCGACGAUGGGGAGCGUCAUUCAAAACAAGACCGGCAAGAAGGACUUAUUGUCAGUUAUAACUGCUAAACCAACAAUAUUAGGCUUUGAAUAUAGCGGAUUAAGCGGUGCGGCUGCGUUUGUAUAAGCAAAACGCAUGCUGCGAAACAACUGCAGUUCAUCUAAAAUAAGCGGUUUCAAACAAAGUAUGAAUGAUGACUUAUAUAAUGAAUAGUAUAACUGAAAGAUACAUAUGAUAUAUUUAUAUUUUAAAAACUCAAAAAACAUAAAUACUAAUAUAAUUUUUUAUUUUUAAAAAAACUUUAAAAUAAUUAAACUUUAAAUAGAAUAUAAAACAAUUGAUCUAAUAAACAUAAUAUAUAAUUAUAAUUUAUAAUUAAAUAUAGAGAUGAGAGAUUCAGGAAGGAACAUAACCACUAAUUAUGUUCUUACAUUUUGAAACAAAAAAAAUUUUCUUAAAACUAUUUACAAUAUGAAACGAAUAGAAUAAUAAAAUUAAAAAAAAAAAGAGGAAUGAAAAGAAAUGAACAAAAGUGUGAUUGCGUUGAAAAAAAAAAAGCGUGAUUGCCGGGGGAGGAAUGUAGCUGAAACUAGGACUACGAUCGUCCGAUGUAUGGCCCCACUGCUUCGCUGUUUAAUUAUAAGGAUAAUUAAUAUCACUAAUCUUCUUAAGUUAUGCUAGCUAAUCCAAUGUGCAGAGUGCCCAACGUUUUGCUUUAUUGUCAAGGUUGAUUCCGUUUACAUUCGACAAUUAAUGUGUCUCAUAUCAUGCAUUGAGGUUUUGGUUUGAUUACAAAUUAAAAGUUAUAACAAGAUGAAUGAAUCGAUACAUUUUAUGUCAAUACAACAACCGACUAUAUGUCUACCUCAACUUUUUUGACGCAAAUCCUCAUCAGUUACACCGAACAACAUGAAUAUAGCUGCACCUCAAUAUAAAUAUA